AUGCAUCUACAACCAGGACCUGCGCCAGUUCCUGCAGCGCCUAUCCCGCCCGCGCCGGUACCACUGCCCGCCCAGAGCGAGCAGGCGUCGAUGGAGACCCGCGCAGAUGGCGCCGUGGCGCUGGCGAGUAUCAGCGUAUCGUCUAGAAUACCCGACUUCUGGGCGGACCAACCGCGACUCUGGUUCGUUCAGUUCGAGGCCGUCAUAGAAAACCAGAAAAUUGGGGAUGCGGCCAAGCAAAACCUGGUCGUAACCAAAUUAAGCAAGAGCGCUAUACAGCAGGUAAGUGAUCUACUGCUGUCGCCGUCAUCCGAAAGGAGGUAUCAGACGUUGAAGGAUCGGCUUCUGCAAGUGUUUGAGGAGUCAGAGACCAGACAAUUUCAGAAACUACUGGGGGAGAUGGAGCUCGGCGCUCAAAAGCCAUCGCAGCUCUUACGUCGGAUGCGAGACCUCGCGAGGAAUAAAAUGCCAGACGCUACACUCCAGAUUAUGUGGACCAGACAUUUACCCACAGCUGUUCAAGCUGUUCUAGCUGUCACCGAGGUAAAGGACCUGGAAAGCCUGGCGACGGUGGCGGAUAAGGUGAUGGAAGCGACCAGGCCGGCGGAAAUUGCCGAAGUCAGCAGCGUUACGUCCAGCAAGCUCAGCGAUUUAGAGGACAUGGUGGGUAAACUGCAGAUCGAAAUAGCAGAACUACGUCAGUCGAGGUCGAAUCAACGCAACAAUAACUCAAGUAACAGGGGUAGGCCCGGGCGAUCAGGAUCGCGGCAACGCAGCGGCAGUAUGUCCCGGAAGAACCCGAAGUGGUUGUGCUUUUACCAUCAUCGUUAUGGUCCCAAGGCCGCGAAACUUAAGUUUUUAAUUGAUACGGGUGCCAACGUAUCUGUGAUCCCUGUGGCGAAAAAGUAUGCGUCGUUACCUAUCGCAAGUGAUAAUUAUAAGUUAUAUGCGGCGAAUGGAUCGGAAAUCAGAACCUAUGGUAUGCGUACUCUAGUUUUAAAUUUUAAUUUAAGGAGAGCAUUUAGAUGGUCUUUUAUUAUAGCGGACGUUAAACAGCCUAUAAUCGGCGCCGACUUUCUAAGCCAUUAUAAACUGUUGGUAGAUUUACACGCUCGAAAAUUAAGAGAUCAAGUUACGCAUCUAAAUGUUCUCGCUUCGAUUGUAGCGUACAAUAGUAACGGUGAGUCGUCUAUUAGAACCAUAGAUAGUAAAAAUGAAUGGCACGAUAUGUUACUUAAGUACCCGGAUUUAACUAAACCUGUGUCUUAUAAGGAGACUCCUAAGCAUUCCGUAUGUCACUACAUCGAGACAACAGGCCCACCCGUCCAUGCGAAGGCUAGGCCUCUACCUCCAGACAGGUACAAGCAGGUUAAGGAGGAGUUCAAGCUUAUGGUAGAUCUAGGAAUAUGUAGACCAUCUAAGAGUGCAUGGGCAAGCCCUUUACACGUUGUCCUUAAAAAAAGCGGGGACAUUCGUCCGUGUGGCGACUACCGUAGGUUGAAUGCAAUAACUAAGCCCGACCGCUAUCCUAUACCAAGGCUACAAGAUUUUAAGUACGUGUUAGCCGGUAAUAAAAAGAUAUUUACCCGAUUAGAUUUGAAACGGGCGUAUCAUUUCAUUCCAGUGCUAGAAUCGGAUAUUGAGAAGACUGCCAUAAUUACACCCUUUGGAUUGUUUGAGUUUCCGCGCAUGAUCUUCGGAUUAAGAAACGGAGCCCAAACUUUCCAAAGAUUUAUGGAUUCGGUGGUCCUCAAAGAUCUUGACUUCUUAUUCAUUUACCUCGAUGACGUCAUCAUCGCCAGUGACUGCAUAGCCAGCCAUAGAGAACAUUUAGACAAAGUUUUUCAGAGAUUUAACGAGUAUGGGGUGACGAUAAAUGUUUCUAAAUGUGACUUGGGUAAGGAGAAGUUAGAGUUCUUAGGAUAUGAGGUGUCGUCGGAGGGAGUACGUCCCCUUGACCGCAAAGUGCAGGCUAUCGUCAGUUAUCCGAGACCGGAAACCGUCGAGCAGCUACGCCGAUUCUUAGGUAUGUUGAAUUUUUACCGAUCUCAUAUUCCUAUGGCAGCCGACUAUCAGGCAGAACUUAACGCGUAUUUGCAUAAUACUAAAAAGCGCGAUAAAACUUUAAUUGACUGGACUGAUAGGGCCAACGAGGCAUUUUUGAAGUGUAAAGAGAGCCUAAAAAGCGCCGCUACGCUUCAUUAUCCUUCACCCGAUGCGGACUUAGCGCUGAUGACCGACGCUUCGAACACUAGUAUUGGUGCAGUAUUACAACAAAAGGUAAAUAAUAUUUGGCAACCACUUGGUUUUUUCUCAAAAAAGUUGUCUGAGUCUGAAAAUAAAUACUCAACCUAUGAUAGGGAAUUGUUAGCAGUUUAUAUGGCCGUCAGACAUUUUAAAAAUUUACUGGAAGGUCGCAUUCUAACAAUUUUUACGGAUCAUAAGCCGCUAGUGUAUGCAUUCCUUAAAGUCGGUAACGAUAAGGAAAGUCCGAGGAGAGUCCGACAUCUCUCGUACAUAAGCGAGUUUACCACUGAUAUUCGCUAUAUUAGCGGAACACAAAACGUAGUGGCCGACGCUUUAUCGCGCAUAGAGACAAUAAAUUGCCCAACAAUAUUAGAUUACACGGACAUCGCAAUACAGCAAGCUAGUGACGAAUACCUACAACAAGCAUUAAAAGUGUCGGAUAGCAACUUGCAAUUUAAGCAGUGUCAUUUGCCCGGCUGUGACAAGCCUGUGUAUUGUGAAAUCUCAUCAAGUAAUAUUAGACCUUAUUUACCGAAACAAUUCAGGCAGUCAGCAUUUCAUUCCGUCCAUGACCUCAGUCAUCCUGGCAUUAAAACAACCAAAAACUUAAUUAAAAAAAAAUUCUUUUGGCCAGAUAUGGAUCGCGAUGUAGCAAAGUGGGCACGGGCAUGUCUUAAUUGUCAAAAGGUUAAAAUUACAAGGCACACUGUAUCGGGUGUAGGGCAGUUUGAUCGACCCGAUCGUUUUCAGCAUUUACACAUAGAUAUAGUAGGGCCAUUACCUAUUUCGGUUGACGGUCAUAGAUACUGUGUAACAAUGAUAGACCGGUGUACCGGAUGGCCCGAGGCUUUUCCGGUACAGGACAUUACAGCGGAUACUGUAGCGAGAAUAGUGUUUGAAGGUUGGAUCUCUCGUUUCGGAUGCCCUUCGAAGCUGACCAGCGACCAGGGUAGACAAUUCGAAAGUGACCUUUUUCACCAGUUAAUGAAAUACUUAGGUAUUCACAAAUUGCGCACCACGCCUUAUCAUCCACAGAGUAACGGCAUGGUUGAGCGUUGGCAUAGAGCACUGAAAGUGGCUUUAAUGGCACGCUUAAAAUGCAACAGUUCGUGGGUAGAUGAAUUACCAGUAGUGCUGUUAGGUCUGCGCGCCGCUACUAGAAGUGACAGUGGUGUGAGCGCAGCUGAAUUAACUUACGGUAAACCAAUCAGAUUACCAGGUGAUUUCUUCGAAGAUGCGAAAUUUUGCAAUACGGAUUCAGAAUAUUUACAAACGUUACGGGAUAAUAUACGUAAUUUGAAUCCAAGACCACCGUGCCACCGUAAUUCGCGUUCGUUAUUUAUUCCUAGUAGUUUAGAUAAUUGUAAAUAUGUAUUUGUUCGGAAUGAUGUGAUGAGAAAAUCUCUUCAACCACCUUAUGAUGGGCCCUAUAGCGUCAUAAGCAGGAGAGGGAAAACUUUUGUCAUAAAAAUAGGAGAUAAAGAAUGUACUAUUUCUAUGGAUAGGUUAAAGCCCGCGCACAUUCUGAACGAAAACGAUUUAAGCAAUAACACUAAUUUUCGUGAUGAUAGUAGUAACGAUAGUUUUAUUAGCAUAAAUAACGCAGACGCUUCUAGCAAAGUUUUAAUUCCAAAAACAACGCGAUGCGGCCGCGUUAUCAAGACGCCAGUACGUUUUGCAUUGUAA